GAAUUAAGAAGAUAUAAAGUUUGGAGGGAGGUGAUCAAGGAGAAUCAAGAAGAGUCAUGACUACUUUAUCAAAGAUGAUAUGUGUGUUGAUCAUUCUUUUCUUAUGCAUAUCCUUUCGAUAUUCACUUCAUGAUGGGAAUCAAGAAUCAAGCCGUGAUGUCGUUUCGGUUCGUAAGGUGACCGAAAAUGGUGACGUGGUGAUACGAGGAAGAAAACUGAUGAUGACAAAUGGAGAAGCAGAGAAAGAAACAACGAUGAAUAGAAAGAGAAAAUCAGGCAAAAGUGUUGACGAGGAUGGACUCGUUGCUUUCACUGCUGAUUAUUGGAGAGCCAAGCCCAAGCAUCAUCCUCCCAGGAACAAUUGA